GCUGUUUUGGCGCAACUUCUAGCGGAUGCCGGUGCGGAUACGUUAUGUUCAUAGCAAGUUUAGAAUAACACAAUGCAUUAUUCAAUAAUUCGUCGUCUUGCCACGCAGCCCAAGUUGGCCAACGUUCCAAAGAGGAAAUGGAAGAGCGUUGUGGGUUUGGAGGUGCAUGCACAGAUUUCCAGUGCAUCGAAGCUUUUUUCCGGCAGUGGUUCGUCCUUUGGAGCACCCCUUAACUCGUCGGUGGCUUUUUUCGAUGCCUCCAUACCGGGCACUUUGCCGGUGCUCAACAGAAAGUGUGUGGAAUCCGGCAUCAAGACAUCACUGGCCCUUGGCUGUCGUGUGAAUGAGGUGUCCAUGUUUGAUCGCAAACAUUACUUCUAUGCGGAUUUGCCGAAUGGAUACCAAAUAACCCAGCAGCGGGCUGCCUUGGCCAAUGAUGGAAAAAUUACCUUCCCGGUGAUAACGCCAGGCAAGAAAGUUUACUACAAGACGGCCAAACUACUGCAGCUCCAAUUGGAGCAGGACAGUGGGAAAUCUUUGCACGAUGAUUAUCUCAAAAGAAGCCUAGUUGAUCUCAAUCGUGCCGGGCUGCCCCUCAUGGAGCUGGUAUUUGCCCCGGAUUUGGAGACUGGUGAGGAAGCAGCCUCGCUGGUCAAGGAACUGAUGCUGAUACUGAGGCGUCUGCAGACCUGCAGCUGCAAAAUGGAGGAGGGUGCCCUGCGUGUCGAUGCAAACAUAUCCAUUCACCAGGAAGGCGAUCCCUUGGGCGUACGCACAGAAGUCAAAAAUAUUGGCUCGGUUCGCAGCAUUUCCCAGGCCAUCACCUAUGAAAUAAAUCGACAGCUCGAAACUGUGGCCAAUGGCGGUGUGAUCACAAAUGAGACUAGAAACUGGGAUGCGGAAAAUAGGCGCACAGUGGCCAUGCGUGACAAGGAGGUCCUGCAGGAUUACAGAUUCAUGCCGGAGCCAAAUCUGCCACCUCUUCAUGUAAACCUGAAGCCGGGCUCAAAGUCAACUGAGGAUUUGCUUUCUGUGGCAGCUCUUAGCUUGGAAAUUCCAGAAUUACCAGAGGACACAAGGCAACGUCUGCUGGAGCAGUACAACCUGAAUGCGGAAACUGCCAUCAUUUUAGUGAACGAGCCAAUUCUAUUGGAUCAUUUCUUAAGCAUCAGUCGUAGUUUAAGCGAUAUGCCCAACAAAGUAGUUUACAAUUUUCUUAUCAACGACUUGCUGACCUACUGCAAUAAGUUGAACUUAGAUGUGGAAAACUGCUCCAUAAGUGCUGAUGAUUUGAAAGAUAUAUUAAAAUGCCUACACUCCGAGCAGAUUAAUCUCCAGGCUGCUCGACAGCUUAUUGAGUUGCUGCACAACAACCCCAAAGUCAAAGUCAACGAGCUUAUUGAGCUACACAACCUGCAGCAAAUCUGCAGUCCAAAGGAGAUCGAGGAGCUUUGCCAGCAGGCCAUUGCCAACCAGGCCAAGGCAGUGCAGCAGUACCAAAAGGGCAAGGCCAAGGCUUUGUUCGCCAUAGUGGGCGAAGUGGCCAAGCUGUCGGCCCAAAAGGCCAACAUGAAGUUAGUGGUACAGUGCCUUGAGAAGCUGUUGAAACCCUCCAAAAAAUAAGAGCAUAGUUCAGAUAGUUGUGUUCAUUAGAAGUGAGUUUCUCUUGUAUAUAUUUUAUAAAACAUGCAGUCGACGAACCGCACUGUAUAUAAGAUUACAUAUGCUAAGGAUUAAAUAUAAUUGCUUGGUUUCGUGCUGACUAGUUCGGUGUUCUGGCCAAUAUGUAAAUGCAAA